CCUCGCCCUUUCUUCCGUCCUGUUCUUGCUCCUCUUCCCUUUCCAUCUCGUCUCGAUUCCUCGACGGUCGCUUCAUCCAGUAUUUGUUAGCUUCUUUGGCUGCGUCCGAUUUUUCAUUUUCCCCUCCUCGCAAGUCGUUCGCUUCCAUCCUCCUUCCUCCUCACCUUCCCAGGGGGUCUGUGUUUUCAACCUUCUUGGAUCGAUCUGUCGGGAUUUUUCAGCUCGUUUAGUGGUCUAUCCGGUCAGGAACAGCUGCGAUACCUGUUAUUUUAUCGAUUAAAUCUAUCCGUCCAUUCGUAUUCCUUCGUUCCUGCGACAAGUUUUGCCGUAAUCGGUUCUCGAUUAAAGAAAACUACUUGAAACGAGACGCAUCCUACGCUAUAUGUAUAUAUAUCGCUAUUUUCUCUGAAACGACAAUUCGGCGAUUCCUAGUUCCUGAUUCGACUUUUGUUGAGCCUCAUACUUUCGUUUCACUGCAAUGCGUUCGUUUUCUCCCUCUAGCGUGAUUUGCACGCUGCUACUUCUGAGUGCGGUCUCACCGACUGGAGCAUGGAAUCCACACGGCAUGCUGGGGGAUCUUGCAGUAUUCGAUAGACGAGCGGACUCUACGAACACUGAUACGACAGCAACUACUGCUGCGGCCCUUACGACAAAUACCGCACAAGCAACUACCGCAUCCGACGCGUCUACGGCUUCUGACCAGACGACUGCUGGAACAAACUCCGCCUCGGGAACCGAUACCGCUACUACGACUGGCACUGGCACAAACUCGGGGAGUACAGGAACAAAGACCGGUACGGGGACGCAGACCGGCAAGACCACUGGCACUGGAAAGUCAAGCAAAACAACUGCUACCAGCUCUAUUUCGAUUGAUCCCCGAGAUCCUCCCGGUGGAGUGUCGAUGCUGACACCUUCCACGGGCUCAACCACCUAUUACAAGAUCGGUCAAUAUGUGACUUUUGCAUGGAACUACACGUCGCUCCAAGUGACACCGUCCGCGAUCAACGUCAUCGCCUCCUGCAGCCAGAACCAGGGAACUUGGACCCUUGCAAGCAAUAUGACCGUCAAAGAGACUGGGAAGGUCGUGUGGGAUACGAAUGGCACGAAGACGACUCCAUUGCUGACCGCGUCAUAUACUCUGAUCAUCUACGAUGCAGACUCGUCCGUAGAGGAUCUGACAGCUGACCCUGGACAUCUCAGCUCGCAGAACCGUCUUAUUUUUGGGAUGUAUCAGCCGCAGCCCUAUACUCCGUUGAAUGAGUUCGUUUGUGUCACUUGCAACGGUGCGUUUUCGGCUUUGGAGAAGAAUGCCCUCGCUUUUGCAGCGGGCAUGGUCACUAUUACGGUUCUGAGUUUUACCUGGUUUGCGGGUGAUUUUGGAGUCUUCUCAACCUGACCAUUUCCCCUCGCCUUUUCCUUAAUCAAUCUCAUUUCGGUUGGGUAUAUUCCUCACCUAUUGCAUCAAAACGAUAGCGGGCUAUUUAUUCACCUUGGUUAAUAUAUUUACGAUAUGCAAAGCAAGGCACCGGUUGGCGUUCAUUUUGGGAUAUACUCAUCUUUAUUUCGAAAUAAUUUGUCUUAUUUCUGUUUGUCGUCUUGCCAUUUUGGCUUCACGCUAUGGGCUACUAUUUGUCACGACGGAUUACUUUAACUUCUAAUUGAAGGAGCUAAAGGAAAAUGGAGUCAGCAUGUCAAUUUGAUAUCUUUUUAAUUCUGUUACAUUUAUCGCAGGAUAUGGAAAGCAGAUUUUUGUUACUUUGUAUUGCAUUUGAACAGUCCCAUAAAUCAUAAUAAAAUCAUCA